UCCGUAAAUGGCUGAGAUCCAGCUGAGCUCCUCCUUCUCUUCCUCUGCUGGUUUACAGCAAACGUUUUGUUGUCGGGAAUUUUCACCGUGAAAAGUUCAUCUGCAGGACAUAGAAUCCAGACGUUUGUUUCUGCUCGAUGUGAUGCUCACACCCUCCUGCUGCCACCCACACAUCACGGUACCCCCGAAAAGCUGCAGUCGAGUAAAAAAUGUCUUCAGAGGGAGUAGGGGCAACAGUUGAAGCCAGGUUACAUCGCCUCUCCACCUGGUUUGACCCUGAAACUGCCGGGGUGGUGACCAUCCUCUUGGGGCUCUUCCAGGUUGUGCUGUCAGUCCCCCUCGCUUAUGCUGAUCAUAUUCUGCCAAAACUCUUCAUAAUGCCGGUUGUCUUAGGAGUUCUCAUUGUGACAGGAGGAUCCUUUACCAUGGCCAAUGUGAAGAACCCCAGCAGACAACUGCUUCGAGGUUGUGCCUACAGUAAUGUGCUUGGCCUGCUGGGGACACUGCUUGCCUUCUGCCUGUACUGUUACAGCCUCAGCCUUGUGAAAAAUGAAGAUGUGUGUGUGAGCGAUACAUCAGACCAUUACUACAGACCAUCAUAUUAUGGAUGUCCUGGGGAACUCCUGACGGCUUACUGCUGGAGUUUGAUUCUUCUCUUGGUACUCUAUGACAUAGUGGCAGUGGUCCUGCACUGCCUUCUGUCUGUUUCUGCCCUCAAAGCGCUUAAAACAGACUAACACACACACACACACACACACACACACACAC